AUGGCCCCCGGCCUCAUCUCUACCCUGGCACCGGACGAACUGCGGGAGCAUCACCGGGAUGCGCCCCAUAAGGGACGGGCCGUCGCGUCAAGCACAACAUCGUCUAGUCGGGCUCCCUUAGAGUCACACGCUGUCGAGGUUGAGGCCCGCGUGACGAAGGAGGCAUCGACUAGUGCCGAUGUCCAUGAAACACAAGGAGCCGAAAAAGUGCUGCUACUUGAGAGUGGUUUUGUCGAGCAGCUCAAGAGCACAUUCGCCAUUUCGGCCGUGCAAAAGCGUCAGCUUGACGAGUUUUUGAACACAUGCCCAGUAACUACCAAGCCGCUCCUCGCCAGAGCGUACUCGGAGAGUUCGCUGCUCCCCAGAGCAAAAGAGACGGCCAGAAAAGAGGCACGAUAUCAAGCUACAGUUGAAGAUUGCACAGAGUCCGAAGACGAUGAUAAUACCCCCACCCCCUCCUGCACAUCCAAAGCCCCUACACCUAAAGACCCAGAACUAGACCACGCCCGGCUCAGACGACAUCACACAUACGCCGCGUCUGCACCUACAUCGCCCGUAGCAGCCUCAGCCACAGCUACAGAGCCGUUGGCUCCCGCAGCUAUCCCAGUCGUCAAAGAGGUGCGGUUCUCGGAUCGCGUCCCGGCUGUGCUGCCGCGGAGCUCCCCCGUCCGUCACACAACCUGGAGUGGCGGCACAUCUCAGCCAGCCAAUAUCCAUGUGCCCCGCGAAAAGAUUCACUUUGAUGAGAGAUGGGGAGUUCUUUUCAAUUCGCAGGGCAGGCCAACACCCAGAAUGAGGAAUGUGCUGCGCGGUCUGGCCAUUUAUCUGACUGAAGUGUAUAAGCCAACCUACUCUCUGGUGUUGACGCCGGAGAAGCUCUACAAAUUCUAUUCCAGGUACAGACUGGACAGAGAGCCUAUAGAUCUUACUCGGAUAUUUGGCCUCACAUCCCGCGGUGCCAUGCGGAGUCUAGAGGACCUCUACGCGGACAUGAAGUGCCACUACCACCUCGUGAAAGAUGAUCCCUCAGACCCCAAAGAACGAGCCUGCAUUCCUGCCCUGACCCCAGACGGCUUCGUGAUGUGGACUCUCAAGCUCAUCUGCGCGUAUCCCGACCAGGAGGCCGCUCGGCUUGCCCGCGUCAUUGCAGAUGUGCCGCUGGACGCCGUGUCCGAGGAUCCCUCACUGGAGUGCGAAGGCCAGCGGACGAGACUGCCGCGUCAAAUAUCUCGGCACCUGUUUCCCGCAGAGCCGGAUCCAGACGUGUUGCAUCUCGUCACACGCGCUGUCCGCAGCUGGAAGCACGACACUCCCGGCUCGGACAGGCCACCACCACCAUCACCACCACUGCCACACGCCACAUCAUGCACCGGCGGAGGACGCAUCGCCCAGGUGAUUGUGCAGAGCCACUCAGCACUUCCACCGCCGUUGAUUCACUCGGAUGCCCGUAGCAGGCAGGAGCACCUCAAUCGCUGCCGACGGGACUAUGAGAGCGAGGUGGAGAUUGUGGUGCCGGGGGCCAGGAACCCGGAUCGCGAGGGCUGCCGGUCGUCGCGCUAUACGAGAGUGCAUACAAGACAGGAGAGCCCUCGACGGAGCUCCAAGAGAUAUACCAGACGGAGUGGUGACAAGGAAUCAGAGAGAGACCGCCGUCGCGGAGAUCGCAGAUGGAGCGAUGAUGGGUACGAGGAGUCGCGUUGUAGGCGUCGCGAGGGAAGAGGAUCUCGGGCGUGA